UUAAAUGCAUCCAAGGAAGGAGAGUCCCCAAACUCCCAAGUCGAGACCAUUCCACUGUGGAACAGCUCUUGCUGUCAGAAUGUUCCUCCUGAUGGCUAACUGGAAUUUCCUUUCUUGUAAUUGGAAGCUAUGGGUUCGAGUCCUCCCCUCUGGAGCUUCAGAAAACAAGCUUGCUCCAUCUUCCUUGUGACAACCCUUGUUAUCAUUCCUAACAAUUUCCCAUGAGUUUGAGGGUGGAGCGACUUUCCUCUGAGACCUGCUCGCUGGUAUCCAAAGCCUUCGGGAGUAGCCAGGGACAUCCUUGCCUUUCUCUGCUGUGAGUCCUUCCUUCCUCCAUCUCCCUCCAGGCAAGGAAGGAUCCAGGCCAUGGGGACCACGGCUUACAUCAUCGUUGCUCUGAGCAUCCUUGGCCAUUGGGCUGGCAGCCCCUCCGCAGCAGCAGCUGCAGAAUCGAUGGAGGGCCCCACUUCUCCCUGCCCGACGGACUGGCUCUUCUACGAGGGCAGCUGCUACGGAUACUUCUCCGACCGGAAGUGUUGGAGAGAGGCCGAGGAAGAAUGCCAGCAACAAGGCUCUCACCUGGCUUCCAUUCUGACCAAGAAGGAGUGCUGCCGCCUCCGCAGGUACCUCUCCAGGUUUCGGCCUGACGGGGACGUCUGGAUCGGGCUCCACAAUCUUGCCAAGGCCCCUGGAAAUGGAUCCUGGCAGUGGAGUGAUGGGCUCAUCGCCGACCACACGCAGUGGAGCACUGGGCAGCCCAAUAAUCAUGGCAAGACUGGAGAGUGGUGCGUGGAGCUGUGGCGAACCACAGGUUUCCGAAAAUGGAACGACGAGCUCUGCAGCCGUAAGAACAGCUUUGUGUGCAAGUAUGAGGCUGAGAUGGCUGCCACGGAAAACGACUGCGAGUGA